AUGAGGCUUCCGAAAAUACACAAGCCACGAUUACUAUAUUGGCUCACCCUAAGGAGGGCUGUCACAGGCUGUUCCGCAUUGACUUUGUGCCAAGUCACUUUUCUGCUCCUCCAAGGUCCGUUAAUCAUAAUCCAGGGCGCUAGCUACUCCCACAAGAUCCAAGUCCCUUUGACCUUUUUGACAAGUGAAAUAGGUUUCAAUACGUCUUCUCGCCAGGCUGCUCAGCAGCUUGCCCAUUUUACGGAUGCAUACACGCCUGAUGCUGUUAAUUCGAGUGUCGGCCUUGUUCUCGCAUCUAUUCGUACUGAUGAUUUGACUUGGCUGCUGGAUUAUUGCCGCGAAAGUGGUAGCACACCUUUCGUUUAUACUACCGAGAAAACACCUGAGCCCGGAUUGAUGAUCCCUUUCACCCGCCGCGGCCGAGAAGCAGCGGCCUACCUUUCGUAUAUUGUUGACUUCUACGACCGCCUCCCUGCUUACUCGAUCUUCAUACACGCGUACCCGGAGCAGUGGCACAAUGAUUUGUUUGGACCAUACACGUACAAAACAUUACGAAAUAUCCGUUUUCAAUCAGUCGAUGCUCAUGGGUACGUCAAUCUUCGGUGUCAGCACGACCCAGGCUGCCCGGUGGGUGUACUUCCCCUUAGUCCUAGUCAGAGUGAUAUAAAGAACCACGACAUCCGCGCAUACUUUUCAGAGGCGUACCAACAAAUCUUUGAUGUGCCUGCUGACGAAGUACCUACCGAAAUCGGAAAUGUGUGUUGCGGACAGUUUGCUGUAAGUCGAGAACAUGUUAGAGCACGGACGAGGAAAGAUUAUGAACGGGUACUGGAGUGGGCGGCGACCACCACUUUGACAGAUGAUUUUGGAGUUGGCUGGGUGCUGGAAAAGUUAUGGCAUAUCAUUUUUGGGAUGGACGCCAUUUACUGUCCUCGUUUCGAGCAAUGCCGCUGCGACAUAUAUGGAUGGUGUGGGCCCUUGCCCUCAGGUGAAGUGUUACAACCUAUAGCUCGCGCCGCUGCAGGGCAUGGGUUGUCAAAAUUCCGACACCUCAGAAGCAACUGGCGAAAAUAUUGCCCCGGGCUUUGUGUUGAGAGCGCUCACUUUGACGAAGCAAUUGUCAAAGAUGCAAUCAUUGAAGCUACUGAAAUUAAACUCGGUGUCAUUAAUCACUUUGCCGAAGAGGCGAUUAUGGUAAUGUGCUUGCUGGCGCUGUUCAAUGUAGAGAGUCUGUUGUGA